AUGAAGACUCGCCGCCCUCCCCCCUCUGCCUGUAUCCUGGCGGUGGCACUGGCGUGGGGCCUCCUGAGCGCCCCGGCUGCGGCGGCCGAGGAGCCUCCAGCGCUGUCCUUGAGGGCGGCGCCGAAUGACACCGUGUUCCUGGUGGAGGGAAAGGACAUCGACGAGGCGAGUGUUAACCUGACCGUCCCCGGGAUCAGUCGAUGCGAUUGUCGACUGGCUUGCCUCGAGCACGACUGGUGCCUGGCCGUGGCCGUGUCUGAUGACAGCGGCCAGAAGCUGCAGUGCCGUCUGUCGGAUCGCGGUCCGGAGGCGCACAGCCUCGUGGACACGACCAAUACGACUUACAUCUACUGGGAAGCCUCGCUGCCUUCCUUCAGCGUCCGGGGCAAAGAGGCGGACAACCUGUUCUACAUCGAAGCUAAGAAAUCCCAGAAUGUCGUGGCUGCGAGGGAGAUGUGCCAGAGUGUCCCGGGAUUCCGUCUGGGGGUGUACAAGACAGAAACGCAGUUGCAGGUCCUGGUGGACAUGGCAAAAGAAGGCGAGCGCUGGGAACCACAGAUAGAAGAACGGGAGGAGAGGAAAGGGAAGCUAGUGCUGACGCGGUUGAGCUUAGUCCUUGCCCGCCGUGGUGCCCAGCCACAGCAAUAA